AUGGUGCGAAACCCAAACAAUGACUACCUCCAUAGCUUCGCAAUUAGAAGCUAUAAGGUCUUUUGUGAAAAGCGACUCCCAACCUCUCAAAAGGGCCUUUCACUCGUCCUUCAAUAUUGUUUGAUCCCAAAGAAGCCGCCAAUAUCGAUAUUGAAACCCACCCUUUUCUCCAUUGCUCUUGAAGGAUUAGAGGUUCUUAUUGGCAAGGAUGAGCGGUUCAGAAAUUAUAAGAACGAUUUGUUUAGCCACAGGAGUAAGGAGCUGGAUAGAGAGUUGAUGGGAAUAGAACAGAACCAUCAACUUAAUGUCUCCAUUUAUGCGAUUCAUGUGUACAACAAUGAGGAUUUGAUUUUGUGUUCUUUGCCGUACCACAAUACAAUUCCUUUUGUUCUAGUAAUACAGAUACUUGAGACAAGGAAUACUAAAUGGGGGUUUCUUGAUGGUGUGAAGGCCUCAGGUGCACCGCCACCUAGGAUGGUCAUAGUGCAUUGUGAACGUGAAAGUGGAUUACUUUUGGGUACUGUUGUUACUGUAAAAGAUGAUCUUGUAAAGAGUAUAUUUCCUUUUGUGGUCUCUGGUCUUCAGCCUGGCAUUAAUGGAGUUUCAUAUCACAAGGCUGGUUCUUUGAUGAUUAUUGGUUUGCUUGGAAACAAAGCUGCAUUAUCUCCCAAGCUUUUGAAUAGUUUGAUACGUUCAGUUGCUGAGGUUGCUCGCAGGGAGGCUAUAGAUUUGACAGAUCUCUUUUGGUUUAGAUUGUCUCUGAUUAGCAUAAUCAAUCUUGUUCAGUCUCAAAAUGUUGAAGUACUCCCAACAAAGGCUGUGGAUAUUUUAAAGGAAAUAAGGUUCGCAUUCUCCUUCAACAUGACAUCUUCUAAGCUCAUGUUUACGUCCUAG